CAAGUGAAAUCAAACAAUGUCGAUCAUAUUAAUCCUACUCCUCCUUUUCGAAAGUCAUUUAUGUGAUGAUAAUAUCAACAAAUUGUUUGAUAAAAUCAAUGAUGCAACUGUCAAGUUCAAUGCCAUCGGAGCAGAUAUAGCUUGGCAGGCAUCUGUCGAUCCUGGCAAUCCAGAAUUACCAAGAAAAGCGGCAACUUACCAACAGAAAAGAAUUUAUUGGCAACACAGAGAAUGUAAAAGAUUAGGAAAUUUUCAUAAAAAUCGGAGUUUGAAUUCGACUCAAGAAAGACAGGCUUAUCUUUUGUGCAGAGAACCAAAAUUUACGUAUAGUGAAGCUAGGGAAAUAAGUAAAAUUUACGAAGAACUACAACACAUUUACACAGAUGUAGUAGUUUGUAUUCCACAUAAUGAUCCAAAUAUUAAUAUAACGGCUAAAGAAAAUGUUAUUGAAGAAUACAUUUUCAGUAUCAAACAUUACUUAAAAUUUAAAGAAAAUUAUGUUAAUAUCGCUGCUAAAAUAGCUGCUAAUAGUUUUAAUGAGGAAGGAAUAUGUUUGAAAGGAGAAGAAGAUUUUGAGAAAAUGAUGGAAUAUUCGAGAAAACCAGACGUACUAGAGUGGGUUUGGUUAGCUUUUAGAGAGAAAAUGCAAAUAAUGAAGGAACCCUAUGAAAAAUUGAUUAAUUUGGAAAAUACAGCGGCUCGGCGAAGUGGCUACACUGACAUUGGAGCAUCUUGGCGUGAAGAGUUGGAGAUACCCAAUUUAAGAACGAUCAGUCAUCGGUUAUACAAAGAUAUAAAGCCAUUAUAUGCGCUUCUCCACGGUGUCGUAAGAUUUUAUUUAAGAAGAGAAUAUGGGGACAUUGUGCCGGAAAAAGGACCGAUACCUGCUCAUUUACUAGGUAAUUUAUGGUCACAAAAUUGGGAGCCACUGGCGAAUAUGAUUUUAUCGAAAGAUAUCAAUUUGGACGACAGAAUAAAAAGUUUGAAUUGGACCGUGAAAGAGAUGGUCAAAAGAGCAGAAGACUUUUAUAUGUCGCUGGGUCUUCCGUCGAUGACGGAAACAUUUUGGCGGGAGUCUGUUUUUUCCCGCGAAAAUCACAGAUUAGCGCGAUGUCAUGGCACAGCGGCAGACAUGUUUAAAAAUGGCGACUACAGGCUUCUUUAUUGUUCUGGUGUUUCAUUUGAAGAUUUUUACGUCAUACAUCAUGAAUUCGGACACAUACAGUAUUAUAUAGCUUAUGAAAAUCAACCAGGACUUUUUAGGCAAGCAAAUUCAGCGUUACACGAAACCAUUGGCGAUACAAUAAUGUACGCAGUGAUGACACCCCAACACUUGCAUAGACUCCGCCUAAUAAGAGAUUCUGAACUUUAUAAUACAAAAAUAACUACAGACGAAAUCCUCAUUCUAAAACAAGCUUUGAAUAAACUACCACAAAUACCAUUUUCCCUUCUCAUAGAUGAAUACAGAUGGAAGUAUUUUGAAGGUAGUAUAGAUAAGAAUCAUUUAAAUGAAGUUUUUUGGGCAAUGGCUAAAGAUAUUCAAGGUAUAGAACCUACUGAUUUGAGGACUGAGGAGUAUUUUGAUAUCGGAGCUAAGUUUCAUGUUCCUGAUAACACACCUUAUAUACGGUAUUUCCUAAGCAGUUUUCUUCAGCACCAACUCUUCGAAAGUUUGUGUAAGGCUGCUGUUUUCGGUCACCGGAACGUUAAAGAACCUUUACCCCAUACUAUAAAAAUGAAUAGAUGUGAUAUAUACGGGUCUAAGGCCGCAGGAAGAAUAUUAAAAGAUUUGAUGUCGCGUGGACAUUCCCAACAUUGGAAAGAAAUUUUGCGAGAAACAAUAGGAGUGGAUAAAAUUUCUGCAUCUGCCCUCAAGCGACACUACCGCCCUCUAUACGUAAUGUUGAUGCGACUAGUCGAAGAGCACAAUAUUCCUAUUGGCUGGUAAUAAGUUAUCUGGAUUUAUAUAUUUGAGUAAAUAUCUAUGAUGAUACUGUGUUUGUAUUAAAGGAUGAUUAAAU